GUUGAGGGUGUCUUUCGAUGUGGGAGUGAGAUUUGGCGCCUCAGUUGCUAAAGCAAUAUCCUUGUGUUUGUUGAAAGCCUACAAAAUAACGUGGAGUCAUAUACUCUUCUCUUAAAUUACGUAAUUCCAAAACCCAUUUUUCUUUGCCUUUUCAAUUCUCACCUAAAAAAAGGAAAAAGGGGUUGAGAAUUUCCCUAUCCUUUUUUCUUAUUUCACCUCUAUUUGUACUGCUUCAACUGUUGAAUCUUUAAUCCUUCAAGUCUAAGUCUCCCAGGUGGAAAUCAUGCUUUCAAUUGGUUGGUGGGUUUGUUUCGCUUUAUUGGUGAUGUGGGAUGAACACUGAGUUGCAGAUAUUUUCUAUUCAAUUUAGGAUGUGAGAGAAAAUUGAGCAAAAGGGAUGAAUAGAUGAUGCUCAGAAAUGUUAGUCAAAAACUUUUGUUGUUCUAUUGAUUCAAGUUUGUGGAGUUCAAAAUUGAAAUGAAGCUUUCGAUGGAUUGCCAUUCAAAUGAUGUAAAGGCCAACGCCGGCAGGAAUCAGAGCAAUGAAGGCGACCUUGAGAAGCAGAGAGUUGCUCAGCCAUCAUCAUCAUUAGAGCUCUCUACCAGAGAUGGUGAUGAUAAUACACCAUUAACCAUUGUUGUUUCUACAGGGGAGUCUAAACCAACCUCUGAGGUUCCUGGUCCUGGGACUCUUUGCUCUCAAGAAGAAGGGUCAUUGGCUUGUGCAGUUUCCCCAAAAAAGGAGUUCUCAUCUACUGCUUCUAGUUCUGAUGAGCAGUGCAGAAUAUGUCAGCAAGAGAAGGAGGAAGUCUUGAUAGAACUUGGAUGUCAUUGUCGAGGCGGUCUCGCAAAAGCUCAUCGGACUUGCAUAGAUACUUGGUUUCGUACUAAAGGAUCAAACAGAUGUGAGAUAUGCCAGGUUGUAGCGGCAAAUGUAUCACCUCCACAGUCACAUCAUGGUACCAACUACUGGAUUUGGAGGAUUGAUCCAACCUAUAGAACUCAAGAUCCCCAAAGGUACUGCUUCAGUCCACUUUGGUUGGCUUUUGCCAUUCUCAUAGGAGGUCUCCUACUAGAUAUUCUUAUAUCAAUCACCCUCGGUGUUUCCGCAUUGCCUGUAAAUAUCAUCAUCGGAGUUAUUGUGGUGCUUGGACUUGGAACUGUGUUUCGACUUGCCUUGGAGUUCUUUCAGGAGUGGAAUUCAGCAAGAGUAUCACAAAGGGUGGAAUCAAAUGUCACUAUUGGGUACUUUCCAGCUAUAUAGUCUUCGAAUGUUUGCUUAUAAAAGAAGAGAAAGGAAACGUUAUAUAAAUAAAGUGAAAAUAUGUCUUAUUCUUGUUUUUUUCUUCCUACAUGUAUUGGCCUCUUGAUCAAACAUAUUAGUUAAACUUACUGUGUAAAUUUGACAGUAAAUCAGUAAAUAUGUUUAGUGAAA